UUGGUAGAAAGCAUGAAGUUGGAAUUAAAGUGGGAGGAAUCGCAAUUAGAUAGAGUAAUUGAGAAAUAGGGAGGUAGCGUGAGUAAAGAAAGCAGCGUAUUAGAGGAAAUAGAAAGAGAGAAAGAAGAAAGCUGGCUCUAGUUGUUGGCAGAGGAGGAGUGUCAUCAUGGCAGCGCUGGAGCAAUGGUGUUUAUAUUCCAAAAUGCUGCAACAGUUAGCUUAUACUUUAGCAUCCAUGAAGCCGACUCCAUGGGAAAAGGUUAACAAGAUUAUGAAAUUAUGUCCAGUUGAAAGUAACCAUGGAACACUUAGAUUGGAUAGCCGGUCGCAGGAUGUUAUUAUUGCUUUGGGUAUAUACCUAUUAGAGUCUGGACUUCAGUAUAAAGAAAAAAUCCUACCAUAUUUGCUGAAUGUUUUAAGAGACCUCCCUAAAGUUCAGUGGAUUGAUGGACCCAAAGGAACACAAAAACACAGACAGAUAAAAUAUGAAAGUGGUGUUAAAAAAUCAGGCUUUAAUAAAUCUGAGAACCAAGUGAAAUUAACAGAACUUCCGAUGGGAGAAUGCUUCAGUUUCUGUCUCAAUACAAUUCUCAGUGAUGUGGCCUAUCGUGAUUCAGAGCUCAGAGAGCAGAUUUUGUCAGCACAGUUGGAUACAAUGGUUGUUCUCACAACACUUUGCCAAGGGACACAUGAUAUACCUAAAGAAACUUUAUGCACAUCUAUUGUACCAGCUCUAAUUGGAAUGGCUCGAGCCAUUGGCCGUUCUUCUGAUGAUGAAGUACCUCUCAUAAAGCUGCUGUUUCCUUUACCAAGUUCCUGUGUUGUGGAAGAGGUAUUGAGCGAUGACAAAAGUCCUCCAAAGAAACCAUUCACCAAAUUCCGAUCAAUAUUCCCACGCACAUUAUCUUCCCAUGUAAUCACACCAGAAAGUCCUACAAGUCCCACACCCGGCAUCAACGAUGGCCCCAUUGAUUUCAGACGUGAACGAUCUCCCUCCCCUAUGGCACCAACACAACAUAAAGGAGGUCUGACUGAUGACUUGCUUGACCCUACAAUCCGUUAUUUCAACAAAGUCGGAUCUAGUUUCACACGAACCAAACCCUGGGGUUUUGAAAUCAUUCCUGAAGAAGAUCACUUAAAAUUUUCUAGUUCUCAACUCCAGACACUUGUUAGUGUGGCCAAACGUUUGCUGAGUAAGGACAUUCUGAAAAAUCUAGAUAACAUGGCCUCUGAAGUAUAUACAUAUGGUCAUCUGCUGCGAUUUCCAUACAGAUCUUUUAGUGAGACAGUUACCUUGGUAGUGGUUACUUUGCUCAGAGAUGUCUUGGAACAAGAAAAAGAUCUGCCAGCAUCUUUUAUGAAGGAAGUGCAAGAUUUUGUAAAAUCCUUAUAUUUAUCCGGACAAACAGAGCUCCAAAGCAAAUAUCAACGAAGUGCUUCCGACAUUCGCCAGUUACAUUUUGAUCCGUAUGAAUUGAUGGUCUGUAGUAAUGCUGCCUGUGUUGAUUUGUUGUUCUGGGCCGUCAGGGAUGACUCUGAAGCUGAGAAUCUAUGUCUUCGAUUGACCGAAAAGAUCAACUCCAUAACAGACAAAAAGUUACUUCUAAUGCAUAUGCCGUUACAAAUGGUAUCUCUAGAGGCUCUUGGUAAAUUAGCCACCAAAUUUCCUUGUCUUGCGAGUACCAUGUUAGCAUCUUUGCGGGAAUACCUCGUUAUACCAUCCCCUGUGCUCAGUAAACUCAACAAAUAUGCAACACAAGAGGCCAACAUAAAAAUUACAGUCACUGAUGAGAAUCGCAUUUUAAACAAACGGACCAGCAAUCACCCCAAAAAUAAAUUAAUGGCUACUUUAGAAAACCUUCGGGACACAGCAGUAACGAAUGUGUGCAGGUGUUUGAAAGCUGGUUUACAGGUUGACCAAGAUAUUGUACAAGCUUUUCUCGCCUCUGUCUCGAAUCGAUUAUAUCGUACGGAGACCAGUGAUAGAGAAUCUGCUCUGAUCUCAACAAAUACAAUUCUGACACUUGGUCAUGUUGCUGUGGCGCUAAAAGAUACACCGAAGACUGUAGAAUCUGUAUUGCAAAUAUUCCAGCAACGAUUCUGUUCCCCCCAGUCUCACCUUGAUGAACUGAUCAUUGAUCAGUUAGGAUGUAUGAUAAUGGCUGGAUGUUCCAGCAUAUCAGGAGAAGUGAUGAAGAUGUUUUCUCAGAUCAGCAUUGAAAGCAGUUCAGCCUAUGGACGCUACGACAACGAAGAUAAAGUCAAUGCAUACAGACAUGUUUCCCUGUCGGUGAUAAAUGCUUUUGCUAACAUCUCAGCUAAUAUACAAACCGAGAAUGAACAAAUUGAGUUACUGAUUCGGUUAUUGGAGCUGUUUGUGCAAAUGGGGCUAGAAGGCAAACGGGCGAGUGAGCGUGCUCAGGGAGCAAUGAAGGCCUCAAGCAGCGCUGGAAAUCUUGGUUUACUUAUACCAGUAAUUGCUGUGCUCGUUCGUCGUUUGCCUCCAAUUCGGGAUCCCAAACAACGUUUAAACAAACUAUUCAGGGAUUUCUGGCUUUAUUGUGUAAUUAUGGGAUUUGCUGUAGAAGAUUCAGGUAUUUGGCCCCAUGACUGGUUUGAAGGCGUCUGUGAAAUUGCUGUAAAAUCUCCUUUACUGCUUUCGAGAGAACAUCUACGUUCAGAGUUGCGCUACAACACAGCACUUAAAAACGAUGGAGUUGCACCGGCUGAAGUGAAUGAACUACGAUUAAGUAUUUGCAAUUUGCUCAAUCAAAGCACAGAAGUGACAGCUAUUAUAAAUCGACUGAACUUUGCACAGUGUGCUUAUCUCCUUUCAGUGUUUCGGUUGGAGACACUCAGGGUGACUUAUUCCACUGAUCCAUUAUCAUUCCAAGGGUUAUUCCAUUACUUAGAAGACAAUACAAUCAUCAAAGAUAAAGCCAAUAUGUGGCAAUGUCUUGCUGCAGUUUCUGAUAAAGUCUUCAGCAAGUUCUUAGAAGUCAUGGCUGAAAAGCCAAAAACAGAUGAAAGAGAAAGAGAAUUGGAAAGGCAUGCCCAGUUUUUAUUGGUGAAGUUCAACCAUGUCCAUAAGAAUAUUCGGUGUGUAGCUGACAAAUACCUGUCAGGUCUAGUCGACAGGUUUCCGUAUUUACUGUGGAGUGGAGUGUUAUUACAAACCAUGCUGGACAUUUUACAAGUUCUGUCAAAGUCUCUGGAAGUGGACCCUCAUGCCAAAGCCCCAGAUUUAGCCAUACCAAACACUCCUUACAUCUUAAGAGUAAGAGACAACAUGGUUGACAGAGAGAAUACCGUAAAGGAUUUUGCUGCUCGUAGCACAGGAAUUAUCCAAGAAGCCAUGAAAUGGGCCCCCAAUGCUACCCGAUCUCAUCUCAUUGAAUAUCUGCUGAAAAUGGAACACUCAUCUCAAGGGUUAUUCUACCACAGUGGUCUUGCCCUUGCUACUGAGAGUGUGUUAAAUUAUGCUGGAUAUAAUAAAACUGCAGCCCCCUUAGGGACUGCCACCCUUGAUAGACGACCAAAUUGUGUGACGACUGACAGUUCCAAUUUCAUGGCUGCUUUAAGUUUGCGAAGUCGUUUCAGUGGAGAAGUUUCUGGCAUGAGAUAUGUUUGUAAUAAUGAUGAAGAAUUAAUCAAAAAGUUGUGUGAUGGACUUGAAAAAGACUGUGAUAAUAAAAAAUCAGAAGAGAUCAAAGCAGGGAUGUUCAGAGUAUGUGCACUUCUUAUUUCAAUUAAAGAACUCAAGCGUCAAUUACUUCAUACCUUGUGUUGGGUUCCUGUUAAGGAUUUCACAGAAAGAACUAUGGAAGUUGCUGUUACAUGCUGGGAAUGGCUUCUUGCUGCUCGGCCUGAUUUUAGUAUUGAGUUCUUAUGUGAAAUGGCCAUGGCUUGGCAGAUGACAGUUGAUAAGAAACUUGGCAUCUUUGCUGAGGACAAACCUCGGCCUGAUCCUUUAGCUAAAACCGAGGACCAAAUUCUUGAUCCAAAUCCUCCACAUGUAGCUGGUCAUCAGAUCUGGACGAAGUUUCUCGCUGAACGUGUUGAAAUUGCACGCUACUGCAGUGUUGAUCAAGUGGGCAUCCUGCUUUCCCUGCUUCACAAAUCUCUCUCUAUUAGUGUGGGGAAACAGCCUGGAUUAAUUUCUCGACACCCAGCUGCCUUGGGGCCAAGAGUCAGGCUGUUAACAAUGGGUCUAUCUCUUCUACAAGGGGUACUUCUUCCUAACAAUUUAAGCCGCAGUGUACUUCGUGAGAGGGUCUAUGCUGCAACAUUAGACUACUUUUGUGGUCCUGUAAUCUGUCCGACUCAGCGUGGUUCUGAGUUAAGAGAAGAUAUCAUUAGUUUGAUAAAGUUCUGGAAAUUGAUGCAUGCUGACAAGAAAUAUCUGAAAUCCAAUGUGUUACCAUUCUGCGCUGCAGAUCCUAGUAAUUUGAAUCCCACUCAGCUGUCUGUGUCUGGCACAUUUUCAUCUGACCUGAAGUCAUCGCAAUCGUCCAGUGGAUGGAUGAACACCAUCAAUAGUGGGGUUUCAGUACAUUCCAAGAGAUCUACCACAUUGUCAGUUUCACCCACGUCCUUCCAGUCAGGCUAUGAUUUUUCUGAUGGUUCCAUGACCCGCGGCCCUGACAAUGAGUUUUUUGGCAGCGCUGGGACUCUGGGUUCAGGUACAAGAAAGUUUAAUACAGCUGGGGACCACUUUGUCAAGGACUACAUGAGGAAAAGAAAUCUGAUUCUGUCUUUAAUGGCAAAUGCUAUUGAUGCCUUUAUAACCUGGCACAAUCCACUUGAACUGAUGGAACAAAGGAUACCUGGUGAAGAGACCAUUACAACAUGGCGGAAUCAGAUAAUGACAGAGAAGCAUUACAGAGAAACUGCUCGACUGGCUUGGGAUAUCUCCCCAAUUCUUGGUGUCUAUUUACCCAACAGGUUUAAAAACUCUGAAGCCCUUGUAAAAGAGGUAACCCGCCUUGUACGACUUAACCCAAUGGUGGUAAAUCAAAUCCCAGAAGUUAUUAAUUAUUUAGUGACAGUCCACAGCGUUGAAGCUGAUGCUCCUGAGUUGGUACAUGUUCUUACUUGGGCAGCUGUGUCUCCGGGGGUGGCACUGUCCUAUUUUUCCCGUCAGUUUCCACCACAUCCUCUAACGGCUCAGUUUGCAGUACGAUCUUUGCGUUCAUAUCCACCAGAUGCUCUUAUCUUCUACAUUCCACAACUGGUACAAGCGCUGCGUUAUGAUAAGAUGGGUUAUGUUGUAGAAUUUAUUCUGUGGGCAUCAAAGUAUUCAUCAUUACUAGCUCAUCAGCUUCUGUGGAACAUGCAAACCAAUGUCUACCAGGAUGAAGAUGCAACCAUCAAAGAUGAUCAAAUUGGGGAUCUACUGGAAAGUUUGAUGAAAGACAUCACAAAGAACUUAUCUGGAGCUGCUCUCAAGUUUUACCAAAGAGAAUUUAAAUUCUUUGGAAAGAUAACCAACAUCUCAGGAGAAAUUCGGCCCUACCCCAAAGGCCCAGACAGAAAAGAAGCUUGCUUGAAGGCCUUAUCAAAAGUUCAACUUCCAAAAGGUGUGUACCUCCCUUCUAAUCCUGAAGCGGUUGUUGUAGGAAUAGAUUAUCAUUCUGGUACACCAAUGCAAAGUGCAGCAAAAGCACCAUUUUUAGCUCGAUUCUCUGUCAAAAAAUGUGGAGUAAAAGAACUAGAAAAUCUUGGCCUGGAAGAAUCAUAUGGUUCAGAAAAUGAUGGCACCCCUCAGCAUUGGCAAGCUUGUAUUUUUAAAGUUGGUGAUGAUGUACGGCAGGAUAUGUUGGCGUUACAAGUGAUAACAAUGUUCAAGAAUAUAUUUGAAUUGGCUGGUCUAGAGCUCUACUUGAAGCCAUACAGAGUUGUUGCGACUAAUCCUGGGUGUGGUGUUAUAGAAUGUGUUCCCAAUGCCAAAUCGAGAGACCAAAUUGGUCGACAGACUGAUAUAGAUAUGUAUCAAUAUUUCAUAAAUAAAUAUGGUGAUGAAGAUACCACAGACUUCCAAACUGCAAGGCGUAACUUCAUUGUGAGCAUGGCUGCUUACAGUGUGAUCAGCUACAUUUUACAAAUCAAAGACCGACACAAUGGAAACAUAAUGUUAGACGGUGAUGGCCAUAUUGUUCAUAUUGAUUUUGGGUUUAUGUUUGAGAGUUCACCAGGAGGAAAUUUAGGCUGGGAACCAGACAUUAAACUAACAGAUGAAAUGGUGAUGAUAAUGGGUGGUAAAAUGGAAGCUCCACCAUUCCAGUGGUUCUUAGAGCUCUGUGUUCAAGGUUUCUUGGCCAUCAGACCUUAUCAAGAAGCUGUCGUAUCUCUUGUAUCACUGAUGCUCGACACUGGACUACCAUGUUUCCGUGGACAAACUAUCAAACUCCUGCGCAGCCGCUUUGCUCCCCAAGCCAAUGAACGAGAUGCAGCAAAUUUCAUACUGAAAAUUAUUCGUGACUGUUACUUAAAUUGGCGAGGCAAAACCUACGAUAUGCUACAGUAUUAUCAAAACAAGAUCCCUUACUGAACAACUCUGUGUGCAUUUUCUUGCACAUUCAUAUUUUCUGUACAUCCUUACACUGUAUCUGUGCAGUGUUUCCGUUGUGGACUGGAGGAAAAGCUACAAGUUAGACACGUUGGCCUGUCUGUUGACUUAGUCAACUCAAUGUUGGUCCUGAAACAUUACAACAACACAAUACUGAUACCUUCAUGUCAUCGUGGUCUGUGAUAGUUAAAGCUGUUCUCUUGAUUGUUGUAGCAGCUCCUUUCAAACAAUCAACUAGUGUGUAAGAGACAUAUCACAAACUCACACAUACGCACGUGCAAAUGAUCACACACACACACACACACACACACACACACACACACACACACACACAUUACAUAUGAAACAUGCAUAUAUUUCCACCACUAGUUUUUAACAUAAAAUAAAUUCCCCUGAUAUACAGAAAAAAAAAAAAAAUAUUGGAGACCUCCUCUUUUAAGAGUAGACAUAGUCAGCAGUUAAUACAUAUAUGUAUGUAUGUAUAUAGUUUUUCAAGCUUUAUUAUUAGCUGGGCAGAUGAUAGCUGCUAAGUUGGUGAGAGAAAAGUUGCAGGUCUCCAACAAUCGGGAACUAUUAUUAUUUUUUAUUUUUUUAAGCUGAAAUUGUUAUUUGAAUGAAAGUUGUUGCCAUGAGUGACCAAAUUUGAUCUGUUAGAAUUUGGUCACUAAAUAUAUUUCCUGGAUUAAAUCUUAUCCACAUGAUAGGAAAUCAACAUUAUUGUUUUGAAAUAUUUUUUAAUAUUUCUAAAUAUUUUCUCUGUUGGUGCGUGCAUUGUUCUUGUUAUGAUACUCUUAUCAGAGAUUGGUGGUGGCAUCGUUGUACAACAGUUUCAAGGCCAGUAUGUAUAUUCUUGUUGUAUAUUUUGUGAAUAGCUACACUACAUCGUCAUCAUUCAUUUCUUUUAACGUCCACUUUUCCAUGCUAGCAUGGGUUGGACAGUUUAUUGAGGCAGAUUUUCCUGUGACCUGAUGCCUUUCCUGUCGCCAACCAUCACCCUGUUUCCAAGCAAGGUGAUAUAUUUCUCCUUGACCAGAUGAGUUCUCGCAGAAUAUUGGAAACAAAUGACACUGCUUGUAUGGCAGUGACACUCAUUUACAACAAUAUUGUGAUGUCAAGAGGAGACACACACACACAUAGAUAUGUAUGUAUGUUUGUGUGCAUAUAUAUAUAUAUAUAUAUAUAUAUAUAUAUAUAUAUAUAUAUAUAUAUAUAUAUAUAUACAUACACAUAUGCGUGCAUGUGUGUGUGUCAAUUCAGUGACUGGGAAUGUUAGUCAUCCUGUUAUGGGUCAAUGUUUUUCUUAUGAACAGAAGAUUACAGUUGCAGGAGGCCCUCACACAUCUAAACAAACCACUUGUCAAAUAAAACGAAUCAUUUUACAAUCAUGUAAACAUUGGAAGCGAUUCUGAUACUUCAUCAAACACCUCAAACAAAAUAUGGUAUGAAUGAUGGAAGUGAUUUUGUUUUGCUUCUUCAGAUUCAGUCCUAUUUCGGUCAUCUGAAAGUAGACUGGUGUGUCACCUAUGGAACUGCACUUAGUAUUAGGGGAGAAGAAAAGAGAAUGAGGCCUGCUAUGUCAUGAUGUGACAAUAACUUCAGUUGGUAGUCUCAUUUUUUUCUAAAAAGAAUGCAAAUAAAAACAUUUUUUUUUUUCCCACAACAUCUUGACCAUAAACUCCCACAAAAUUUAUUUACAAACAUUCCUGUUUAGCUGAAUUUUUUUUCUUUCAAUUUUGUCUUUUUACUUUUAAUGAAUCUGAUUUUGACUGUUUUCUCGCACAAUCUUUCAAACCAGAAGCAUUUCACUGUUUUAAUGUUUGAGAAGAACUUUCUAUCAUUCACAUUACCAAUUACCUCUUUCGCUUUGGAGCAAAUUCCAAAUGGUUUCUUUUAUAUAUUUGUUUAUUGUUUAGAUACAAUUCUGUUUUUGUUUUUCACAAUAUUUCACUUGUUUUCAGAAAUAACUCCAUGACAUUUUAUUUUCUCCAUUUUGUCUCUCAGAAAUACCUGUCUAGUCUCUUGAUGGGACCAUGAUUUCCAGUUAUACAGAGAAACAAGAUUCAAAAUUAUUUAAUUUGAUUAAUUUAUUUGUCAUCAAUCAAUAUGUGGAGAAAGUAAGUUUAUUCCAAAGUUGGUAUUCAUCAGAUACAUUUCUAGAAAGUCUUUCACAUUUUACUUCUCAUUUGUUCUGGCAAGAAAUCUUUUGGGUUAAAUGUCUAUAUAUCACUUUCUCCUCAAUAAUAGUUAUGUCUCUGAAAAAAUGAUUUUCAACAACUUUGUCUUACAGCUGUAUAGAGUGAAGACAGGUUGUGUGUUAUAUCUGUAUCAGUCUCAAGUAAAAUUUUCAUCAAUAUUCUACCUGUAUAUUCGUCUUCCAAUUUUAACAAUUUCUAAACAUGUAACUUAACAUGAAUUUUUUUUUUUUUUUUAAGAUAAAUCCAACUUGUGUUGAAUAUUUGAUCUGUCUCCUUAGAAUUGUCACAUUUUUUUAUUGUUGUAACUUCAUGGUCUUUAUUUCAGAUCUUUUCCUUCUCUUAUUAUAAAGACUAAAUUUGAAAUUAAAUAUUUAUCUUACCUGUAUGAUUCAAAGGAAUUUAGACUUUAAGGCUAAAAUCUGGUGUGAUUAUUUCCCAGUCAGAAACUUGGUGAAUGUUUUCAUUUAAAACAAAAACAAUCAAGUCUUAUUACAUUUUUUUUGUUAAUAUUUUCAUGUUAUUUGUGACUUUUUAAAAAUGAUUGCUUCACCUGUUAAUUUAGUUCUGCAGGUGAUACAGCUUUAAUUCUCCAGUAGAAUUUUAAAAAUCAGUUUAUUAUUUAGUAGUUGAAAAUUUAUUCUUAUGACUGAUCUUGGGGUUAGCAAAAUGGUUGUCAAGUCCUUAUAAAUACAGUACUUCUUGUAAUUCAUCUUUUUCCAUCUUAGACAUCAUGUAAUGAACUCAUUUCCUUUCAUUUGUUGAUUAUAUUUUUUAAGAAAAAUCAUUGACUAAUGAUAGUUUUGAAUACCAUUUUGUUAAAUUUCAUGAAUCAGAUUCUAUGAAACAAUGUUGUUGAAUCCCUAGAAACGGAACUGUUUGGUCACAAAGUGUCAAGUGUAAAGAUGCUUAGUGUAUGUUUAAAGAACAAAGUCUAUCCAACAUGAUUUAUCCAUAAAACUGUUUUACUUUCUUCCUUUAAAUUUUCUCCCAUUUCAUAGUCAUUGACUUUGUUUUUGACAAAUUAAAAGAACUGCAAUUCUUUAUGUAAUGACAUUUUAAUUGCAAACAUGACAGAAUAUAUUUCUAAACAGAUGUACAUCAGGUGACAGAGAUAAGCUAUUUUAUUUUGUGCUGAUUUUAAACUGUGACAAAAGUCUACCAUUAAUGCUUGUCUUUUCUAUCAGUCUUUCUUCUGUAUGAAAUGAUCCAACAAUGAUUUCACUUCACCUUAUAUUAUUUUCCCUUCUUUAACCCUUUUGAUACCAACCCGGCUGAAACCACCUCUGGCUCUGAGUACAAUUGUCUUGUUUUCAUAAGUUUUGAAUUAAAAUCUUCCACUAAACCUUAGUCACAAUUUAUGUUCCUAACACUAGCUGAAUGAUAACUAUGUUAUUUUACUAAAUUCUUUGUUAUAUUUAAAAUUAAUUGAAAGAAACACAGAGCAUCUCAAAAUAAAUACAGUAACGAAAGGGUUAAGUAAUAUAUUUUUAAUGCAGAACUGAUUUUCAGUGUUUAACUGGACAAGUAUCUUGGUACACAAGGUAAAUAAGUUCUGACUUUUUAUUUUAAUAACAUAUCUUAUUCUGUUGGCUUUGUUUAACUAAUAAAAGCUGUUGUAACUAACACACCUGAACAGCAACAGGUCCUUGUUUACCAUUUUUAUACAAUUUUAACUACUUGCCUCUAAAACUGUAAUUAUGUAAAUUAGCUUAUUAAAAUUAACUCUCAAAGCCAACAUAAAUUAGCAUCUUUGACAAACAUGUCUCUGUAGUUACGUUUGCUUCUUCCCAACCACGUAGUUUUGAGUUCAGUCCUGCUGUAGCACCUUGGGUAAGAGUGUCUUCUUCUAUAACUCUGAGCUGACCAACUCCUUGUGAGAGGAUUUGGUUGACAGAAACUGAAAGAAGCCCAGUGUGUGUGUCUGUCUUGACAUUGCAUGAGAUUUGUUAAUGCGUAUCGGUCGUAGAAGCAGUGUCAUUCAUUCCUGGUAUUCUGUGCGGAUAUGUCUGGCUGUGGGAAAAUAUUCCCUUGCUUGGAAACAGGUGAGGGUUGGUGACAAGAAGGGCAUCCACCUGUAGAAAAUCUGCCUCACUAAACUCCUCAACUCAGUCUGGUCAUGCUAGCAUGGAAAUGACAAUAAUAUAUACAUACGCACAUGUGAAAUCAUUAUCAUUUAACACCCAAUUUUACAUUUUUGCAUGAGUCAAGUGGAAUUCAUCGUAGCAAAUUUUCUAUGGCCUUUCUUGUUGCUACUUCUGACUUGUUUCCAAAUAAGGUAAUAUUUCCCCAUAGCCAGGCAUUUUUUCAGAAAACUGGUAAUGAACGACACUGCUUAUAUGACAGUGACACUCAUUUACAACCACUAUGUGAUGUCAAGUCAAAGAGAGAUAAACACACACAAAACAGGUUUCUUUCAGUUUCUGUCUUCCAAAUUCACUCACAAGGUGUUCGUUAACCUGUGGCUGUAGUAGAAGACACUUGCUCAAGGUACCACAUAGUGGGACUGAACCUGAGACUACAUGGUUGGAAGCAAAUUUCUUAGUCAUACAUCUAUGCUUGCACUUACAUCUUGUGUGUAAUGUUUUCUUUCCAAGUUCCCUUACUACAUUUCCUUUUCUGUCACUUCUAGUAGAGAAUUCAAUCUCAAUUUGGUAAACCAUCAAAGUAAACAUUAAUUUCUACUUCAUUAGUUCAGCACAUCGUUAUUGUUUGUUCUCAUUUGCUCUACUGUAAGGUGAAUAAGGUCAAAGACGGAGAACUAGGCAUUAGUGUAAGCCUAAAGAUGGUAUUCCAUCAAAAUGAAAACCCUUCAAUCAUCUAGCUAGGCUAAUACUAAUUUAUUCCAAUCAGUCUGUGUCACCCUGCCCCCACCUCAAACACUUAUACAAAUUUCUGCUACUAAAACAUUAGUAACAAGCCCUCAGUAAUGAGUUAAUUAAUAUACAUAAAUUAAUCAACUAUGAAAUGACCAAGUAAUUAGCAAUCACAUGAAGUUUCCAGUGUUUGUCAUUAGCCUCAUCUUUGUACAUUAGAAGACUUGAAAUGUUGUACAAUUGUCCCUUUUAAAAUUUCACACAUGGAAAUUUAAUAAAAUCAUUUGAAAUAUUUUAAA